ACAACUCACUGAUACGCUUUAACAUUUUUGAUCUCGCAUUUUUAAUAAUCCAAACUAUUGCCUCAAUUUCUUCUCCAUGGGCAGGAAAACCGAGGCAGUAAUACCUUAAGACCAACAUUUACGUGCGUGCUUGACUUGCAGGACAGCAAUCUGCUUCUUCAAGACUUCUUAGAGCCUGAAAUUUAAUCAGAGGUUGUUGGUGCGUUCUGGUUCCAGAAUGGUGACUACUCCAAAAGAUGUCAGGAAGAAGCAAAUUUACACCAAUGUACAUGAGGCAGUGAAAGCUGGUGAUGUAGAACAGCUUGCAUUAAUGGUAAAACGCGGAGCCUCUAUCGAUGAGGUGGAUUUAGUCCACAAGUUCACACUGCUGCACUGUGCUGCACACUCUGGAAGCUUGGAGUGCCUUCACUGGUUGCUCUGGCAUGGCGCUGACGUGACACGUGUGACAGUCAGAGGCUGGACAGCAGUCCAUCUUGCGGCGAUCCGCGGGCAGGAUGCUUGCAUGCAGGCAUUGUUAAUAAAUGGAGCAAACCUGGAAGCUCGAGAUGACCGUGGCUGCACUCCAUCACACCUGGCUGCAGCCCACGGGCAGUCGUACACAUUGCAAACCAUGCUGCGAAGCGGAGCGAAUGCAAACGUUGCAGACAGGAAUGACUGGAAGCCUGUUCAUUAUGCUGCUUUUCAUGGUCGCUUGGGCUGUUUGCAGCUCCUUGUUAGAUGGGGAGCAUGCAUAGAUGAUGUGGAUACUGAUGGAAACCUUCCAGCUCAUUUGGCAGCAGUGGAAGGACACCUGCAUUGCUUUAAGUUCCUGGUCAGUAAAAUGGCCAGUGUCGUGGGUGCGCUGAAAGCCAGGAAUGACCAUGGAGAGACUCCAAGGGACUUGGCUGAGCGGUUCUAUAAAGACAAUAUUCUGCAAUAUAUUGACAGUGUGGAAAAAGAGGAGGAGCAUCCAGAGACACAGGAAGUUUUAGCUUUCCCAGCCCAUGAUGCUGCUUUCAGAGGGGACUUGUUAGUACUCAGAAGAUUAGUGAGAUGUGGAGUAAUCAAUAUUAAUGAGCGGGAUGAUAAGGGGUCCACUCUCAUGCACAAAGCUGCAGGACAAGGGCACAUCCAUUGCUUACAGUGGUUGAUUGAAAUGGGAGCUGACUGUGACAUUACAGAUGAUGCUGGAGAGACUCCAAAGGAUGUAGCCAAGAGAUUUGCCCAGCUAGCAGCUGUGGAACUUUUGACCCAAAGAACUGGAGACAGUAACUCUAGUGAUGAAGAACUGGAUGCAAGCAACAUAGAAUUUUUUGAAAGACAUGGUGUGGAAGGGAGUACAGACAGCAAAGAAGACUUAAUCCUGGAUAAAGCAGAAAAAAGGGAUGCACGCAUAAGGGCCUAUCGCAGGAUUCAAGAACUUCAGCAACUUCUGGAAAUUGCCUACAGCAACUACAGACAGCUGGGAGGAAUAACUGAGGAGGAGAGGAAGAUGAAAAAACAUGAAAAGGAGGUUGAGAAGGCCGUGAGGGAGCUGGAGGCGCAGCUGGAAUCCGAGCGAGUCAGGAGGGAAAAGCUGGAGAGCCAGCUGGAUGGCUGCCGCGCCGAGAUCGGCCUCCUCAGGGAGAGCCGGGGGAGAACCCGCAGCCCUGCUGCUCUGCCUCCGGAACCCGAACCCAUCUCCAUUUCCUGCAAAGAGAAAAAGAAAGUGAAGAAGAAUCCACCCUGCAGGCAUGGAGGAGUGUUUGUGAGGCUGCGCUGAGGAAGGAGCCUCAGACACAGGGCUGGCAGGCAGAGGGUGCAG